AUUCAAAUUUUUGUUGAGCGACAUUUUCGGAUUUCCACUCUACGAACUUUUGUAUGUGGCAAAUUUUAUGCUGCUAUUGCGUUUUCUGACUUUCCAAAGGACUUUGUGUGAGUUUCUGUAUGAAAAAGUAAGCGAGUUUGGCGCCAGCAGUGAAUGCACCACAAAAUGCCGUCAACACUUAGAGUCUUUACGCCACGCAAUAGAACUGUUCUAUGAAACGCAACAACUGCUACGCAGCUACGUAGAUCGCUUCGCUUGGUUUGGUCGGCUGGUGGUGUUGGCGAGUGUUCUAGCCAUUUAUUUCACCAAUCAAAUCAUUAUUUGCUUUUAUGUGAAAGAAUUCUACGGUUUGCCGCUACCAAACGCUUGCAUGUGCUUAGUGAACAUGCUCUAUAUGGCAGCGCUGCAUGAUUGGUUCGCCGCAGAGGAAGAAAAAUUAAAUCAUAUUUUGAUAUCGGUUGUCGCUGAGCUAUCCAAAAGGCGUUCCACGUGCACACACUGUGGCGAUUUGCUGAAAUUGAUUGAUAUGCACUUUUGUGGCCGAAAUGUGCAAACCAACAUAUUUAAUAUAUUUCAAAGUGUCAAAUGGUCAAAACUCUAUGUGGUACAGUUAUUUUCUCAUUUCAUAUUAAUGGGUAUAAAUAUGACACAAUUCGAUAUGGACAACUCGCCGAUUUAUUCAUGUAGAAUUAAUAAUAUGGAAUACUAAAUAAUG